GUCAAUUUUUUCUUUUGCAGCUUGUCUCCCGGCUUUUCUACACAUAUCCCUUACAAAAUACCCACACAAAAGACCAUGGGCUCUGACAUCAAGCGCAAGACACGCCGCGGAAAGCGCGGAGGAGAGACUAAACGCAAGGCUCAUGAGGAUGGGCAUGAGCAGAACGAGGUACUGGAUCAGACGCCGGCACCCGCAGCCCCGGCCAGCGACAACCGGUCAGGUGCGCGGGAGCCAAUGCAGGUGGACGAGCAAUACAACGAGCAGGACGAGUCGCGGAUCACACCGGCAUCCUACGGCCUGGUCAACCCCGACCUGCAGCACUACCUGAAGAGCUGCGAGGCAAUGCUUGACAGCGCUUCCUUUGAAAACUCCGAAGACCAGGACAUAUUCGUAAACAACAACUUUGAGCUGCAGCUGACCACCGACCACGAGUGCUCACGGAUCCUCGAGAAGCUGUUCCGGGUUUCGCGCGACUACCAUAUCCGCCGGUACUUUGCGCUGACACGCGACGACACUCUGCGCCUGGUCAUCCACCGGUUCUCGUCGCAUGUACUGCAGUCGCUGCUGCUGCUGACGGCAUCGGCGCUCGAGCGCGAGUGCCGCGGCGAGUCCAGCGAUUUCCCGCCUGAGAGCGAUGACCAAGAGGAUGGCGUGCGCACACCUCUGCCGACCUUUGAGCAGCUUGUGCUUGGGCUCACCGAGAUGCUGAAGCCACACUGGCAGUCGCUGAUGGUGAACGAGUACGCGUCGCACGUCCUGCGCGUCCUGCUGCUGGUUCUGGCGGGCGAUCCAAUCGAGGAUCCGUCGUCCAAGGCGAAGAGCGGCAUCAAGAGCCGCCGCUCGACAAAGUACAUGGAGGACCGCAACGGCCUGCCAUCCCAGGACAAGGCAUUGCAGCGCAAGCGCAGGCGCAUGCUGGCCAAUGACAAGCUUGGCAGCCAUGUGUUGCAGCUCAUGAUUACGCUGCAGGCAGCACGUACCAGCGUUGAGUACCCUGGCUCGCUGCUCGACAAGCUGCUAAUGGUCGACCACGAAAACACGCGACGGGACAAUUAUAUAAGGAGCAUGCUGGAGGACGUGGUCGGCUCGCACUUCCUGGAGAUCACGCUUCGUAUUGCGUCACCAGCGCUGCUGCAGCGGCUCUACACGCGGUACUUCCGCGGGAGCCUCAGCGAGCUGGGAUUCCACCCGAUCUCGAACUUUGUGGUGCAGAGCCUGCUGUCCAAUGCCAAGAGCCCGGAGAUCGAGCCGCUGGUCCAUGACCUGCUGUUCAAGAACCGCCCUGGUGUGAUCCGUGCGCUGAUCGAGUCGUGCGUGCGCCUGAAGGCCGGGUACAGCGAGCUAAUCAACGCGCUGAACAAGGGUUUGGGCGCGACGACCACGAACGAGCGCAAGGAGCUGAUCAACCUGCUCGCGUUCCUGAUCACUUACCAGGACUUUGUGCGUGCCGACUACAACACGCUGCCGUUCAAGCUGCAGGGCUCCUUGAUUCUGCAGGCGCUGCUGCAGUUCCCGGUCGAGGGCAUGCGGCCGAUUCUCGAGAGCUACUUUGCACAGGAACCGAUGAAGAUCUACUCGUGGGCCAAGGACCCGAGCGGGUCGCACAUCGUCGAAGCUAUUAUUCGGUCACCGCAAGUGCCACUCAAGCAGAAGCGCCGGAUUCUGCGCCAGUACGAGAGCCACUAUGCUGACUUGGCGAUGCGACAAUACUCGGACCUGAAGUACAAGGAGACGAUCAUGGCAGAGCUGCUGCAGCGUGAGACCCAGCUGAACGACAGCAUGUUUGGCCGUAUUGUCGCCAGCAAGUGCAAGCUCGACCAGUACAAGCGCAGGGCCGACGAGUGGCGCGAGCGUGAGCGCGGUAAUGAGCGCAAGAAGAACAUGUUUGCCGACAUUCUGGACGACACUGGCCUGGUUGCAGAAUCCGGCGGCGCCUUGGGUGCACUCGGAUUUGCAAAGUCUGCUGGUGGGAAGAAGGGCAAGGCCGAGUCGAAUAUCCCAGACGAGAUUGACUCGCUGUUCAAGAAGCGCGGACGCUCCUCCUGGCAAUGACCAAUGCAAGCCACCGGCGAUUCGCCAGCUGCCAGCCUCAGCGCCAAGGGCGACAAGAACCUUGACGCCGUGCUGACAGCCAUCUCUGGUUCUAAGAAGAAGAAGAGCAAGUCCAAGAAGGACAAGAAGUCUGAGGACGCAUACAGCAAGAAGGACAAGAAGCGGUCUAAGAAGGAGAAGGAGGCAGAGCGCAAGAAGCGCCGCAUCUUCGCUGGCUAAGAGUCGGUUCUAUUUUUACACAGUUCCAAUGUCAUCCAGACUUGCUGUUUAUUGAAUCCACGAA